AUGAGCUCAAUCAAGGAAGAUGUCUCCCAUAUUUCGAACGGCGAGGAGGGCGACUUGAAAAAGCUCGACACCGCUCACGGUGAUGAAGCUAUUAAAGUCCUGGCAGUCUAUGAUGGCGAUCAGACCUGGACUCCAGAAGAGGAGAACAAGCUUCGCAACAAGAUCGACAUGAAGCUACUCCCUGUCCUCUGUGUCACCUAUGCAUUUCUUUACGCUGACAAGGUCCUGCUUGGACAAGCGGCUCUUUUUGGUAUCAAGGAUGACCUGCACUUGAACAGUGGAAAUCGCUUUUCCAUGGCUUCUUCUAUCUUCUACCUUGGAUUUAUCCUGGGGGCUUACCCGGUCACCUUCCUGGCUCAGAGAUUUCCGAUCGAACGCGUCGCUUCUUUGGCCAUCAUUGUUUGGGGAACUACUUUGAUUCUCACGCCUGCUUGCACCAACUUCCGGGGAUUAUAUGCACAAAGAUUCUUUCUCGGCUUCACCGAGGCUGGCAUCAGUCCGAUUUUCAUGAUGAUCGUCGGUGGAUGGUAUAAAAAGGAUGAACAGUCUCUGAGAAUGGGUGCCUGGUACUCAUGCACAGGUUACGUGUCCAUUUUUUCACCUCUUGUUAACUACGCACUUGGACAUCUCGGGGGACAGUUCGCUCCGUGGUUCUACAUGUACUUCUUUGCUGGUGCUCUCACUAUCAUCUGUGGUGUCAUGAUUUACUUUGUCCUCCCAUCCGAUCCCAUCCGGGCCAAGGGCUUCAACGACAGAGAGCGCUUUAUUGCGGUAUCUCGGAUGAGGACGAACAACUCCGGAGUGAGAAACACGCAUUUCAAAGGUGGUCAGGCUAUUGAGCUCCUGACGGAUAUCAAAUUCUGGCUUAUUUUCUUCUACGCUCUGUGUGGUAUGUUUGCUAAUGCGCCCAUCUCGACUUUCCAGGCUAUCAUCAUUGAUGGCUUUGGGUUCAAUCCACUGAACUCGUUGCUUCUGAUGAUACCUUCUGGCGUUUAUGCUGGUACAAUGAUGUUGAUCACAACAUACCUGGCUUAUAAAUUCCCUGGUUGGCGCGCAUAUCUCGUCAUCAUGUCCCAACUGAUUACGAUGACUGCUGCUCUUCUCCUCUGGCUUCUGCCUCGGUCGGCACUUGGAGGACUCCUCUUUGCCUGCUACAUUCUCACCACCACCGGUGCUGGAUAUGCAGUGACAAUGGGUCUUUUCCUUGCCAACAACGCUGGAUAUACCAAACGAUCCCUCGCUUCAUCGGGAUUGUACAUCGGAUAUUCCCUUGGAAAUUUCGCUGGACCCCAGGUCUUCCGACACGAAGACUCACCCCACUACAAUCUGGGAUUCAUCGUGGUGGUUAUCACCGCAAUUGUCGCGGGUCUCUUGGUUUUGGUAUACCGUAUCAUCUGCUCAAUGGAGAACCGUCGCCGUGACAAGAUGGGAACGAUGGAAGGGUUUGAACAUGCCUAUGAGGAUGACUUGACAGAUAAGAUGAACAUGCAAUUCCGGUAUUCAUUGUGA